AUGCCUAGUUUGAAAGUGUACAGACUGUAUUUUGAAGUGGUGCCUACAUGUAGUAACAUACUUUCACAUCCAUGCCCCGCGUUGAAUUUGAUACCGGCAUGGAACCAGUCACUUGUCUCUCGAGUUGCCAGAGGACCAUUUUUCAUGUUCCGCACCUUGGAUUGCAACUUAGUCGUCGUUGUCGUCGAUGGCAGGGUUUGGCAGCCUGGCACCCAAGAUGAAGAACGUGGUGGUGGCGGGCGGGCUGACGGGGUUCGUCUUCGGGGUGUACUACUACACCAUGUGGGCGGGUUUGGCAGCCUGGCGCCCAAGACGAAGAACGUGGUGGUGGCGGGCGGGCUGACUGGGUUCGUCUUUGGGGUGUACUACUACACCAUGUGGGCAGUGGGCAGCACCGACGAGCUGCAGGUCACCAUCGACAAGUUUGAGGACCUGAAGAAGAAGGAGGCGGCCGCCUCCACCGCCGCAAGCGCCUCCACCCCGGGAUCCUCCUAA